UUAUUAAUAAUAAUUGAAUCACGUAAAUUGUACAAUUGGAUCUGUACAAUGAUUAUGUACCCAGACUUGCCAAAUAAACAUAAUUUUUUGAUUCUGCCUCAGUCUUCAAAAAUAUUUUUAGAAAUAAAAAUAGGGAAGCUUCAAACGUACAUACAUGAAGCAAAACAUACUAAAACCACGAAUACAACAAUAACUACCGGCAUCAAAAUACAUAAGUAUAUAUGUACAUGAAGUUCAUGCGAGUAUACAAUUGCAUCGAUGAAAGACAAUAUAUAGAUUGCUGAAAUGUGUUUUCUAUUAACUAAGCAAUCGCCCAAUUGACUUCGGACACGUAUUGCAUUGUUUUGCGAUCAUAUUUAUCGAUAAAGAUAUGACCACAACAUGAAUAGCUUAAGAAAAUCUACAGGAAACAGUUUAGCCCAGAAAUAUUGAAUGACAGCUUUCAUUUAAAAUUUUAAUUCUUCAAAAUUCUUAAAAAAUGCCAUAUUCCCCUUUCCAAGCAACUGAAGCAGGCAAUUGGACGGACUUACCGCUGCAUUGUGUACUCUAUGAAUGGUUUACGAAGAACAUGAAUUUGCCUAACGAUUACGGUACCCUCAUUGCCUACAUAGGAUUAUUUCUCAUUACGUGGUAUACAAUAAUAUGGGCAGUACGCUUAGUAAUGGCUGUUAUUUGGCCAUUAUUUAUUAUAGCUUCUGCUAUUGUUGUAUUCCGAAUACUCCAAUUUUAUGAUCCCGAAGAAAUAACAACCAUUAUGAUGAAAUCAUUUAGUAUCAUUGCAGACACAUUGGUAAUGAUAUUGGCCAAACUUCUUGAAUUUGCAUUUAACAUUUUCGAUAAAUGAAAUUCCACUCAAAAGCUUUUCGACAAAGAAUGAAGCGGAAAUCUCAAAGUUUAGCAAGAUCA